UUAGUGCUCACUAAAACCCCGAUUAAUUUAAUUUUGCAUUUCCAGCCAAAAAUUCUUCAUUUUUAGGACUCGAACAAUGGACCUCUUGUUAAAGAUCUUGGGCGGAGGAAACCUAUCUUUUCCACAUAGGACCUCAUAGUUCUAUAUAUGAAACCCUUUGAAUACGUUCUCUUACAUUAUCUUUCAAAAUCAUGCAGCAUAAGCAAGUUCCUCUGUUUUCUUUCCAACUUCCCUGUUUCUUUUCAUUUGUGCUAAUCUUGACAUUAGCCACUGCUCAAAUUAUUACCAUUUCUCCUCCUCCUCCUCCUCCUACCACCAGCCCACCACCUACAAACACCACCCCACCACCCACCAACACCACCUCGCCACCCACCAACACCACCAUAACGAAAGCUGCCAAUAUUACAAAACCAGGAUGUCAAAAACAGUGUGGAAAUCUUACAGUUCCAUAUCCAUUUGGGAUUGGUAUAGGAUCAGGUUGUGCCAUAGACCCAAGUUUCGAAAUCAACUGUGAUACUAUAACAACAGGUUCUCCGACGCCACUUCUAGGGAACAUCAAAAUCUAUGACAUCUCCGACUCUGAAAUGCGCAUAUCAAGUGUCUUAAAUCGGAGAUGUUACUCAUCUACUGGAGUUUUGAUCCUAGAUCAACCUGCAUGGAUGACUUUAGGAAGCUCCAGUCCUUACAGUUUCUCUUCCCUGAACAGAUUCUCCGUCGUUGGAUGUGAUGAAGCUGCUAUAAUAGUUGGAGACGACUUCGCGAAUGGUUGCCCCACUGUCUGUACUACCUCCAGUGAUGUAAUUGAGGGAAGAUGUAUGGGUGCUGGUUGCUGUCAAAUAACAAUACCAAAAGGCUUGAAAUAUUUCAACACAUCUAUGCAAAGCUCGAAGUUAAAUCACACUGCAGUUUGGUCGUAUAGUAAAUGUGGCUAUGCAUUUCUUGGUGAGGCGAGUCGCUUCGAAUUCAAGGGUUUACAGGAUCUCAGUGAUCUCGAUUUUGUAAAAAAGAUUAAGAAUAAUGUUCCCAUUGUGCUAGAUUGGGCUAUCGGAAAUCUUACUUGUGUUGAAGCACAAAAACGUAACGAUUAUGCAUGCCUGGAUAAUAGCCAGUGUGUUGAUUCAGACAACGAUAUCGGGGGCUAUCGCUGCAGCUGUAACUCGGGAUAUGAAGGCAAUCCAUACAUUGGCUCAGGCUGCCAAGAUAUUGAUGAAUGUGCAGAUCCAAAUACCAAUUCGUGUGAAAAGACUUGCAUAAAUAUGCCGGGGAGUUACAAUUGUACCUGUCCAAAAGGACACACCGGUGAUGGCAGAAAGAAUGGUCGUGGCUGUAUUGCACCGAACUCGAACUCUGAAUUCCCAUGGAUCAAAUUUUCUGUAGGUAUGGGAGUUGGUUUUAUGUCCCUAGUGGUUGGGACAACUUGGCUCUAUUUCAGCAUCAAGAAAAGUAAACUCAUUAAACUUCGAGAAAAAUUCUUUCAACAAAAUGGCGGUUUGCUCUUGAAACAACGAAUAUCUUCUGACGAGGGUGGUAUGGAAGCAACCAAAGUUUUUACAGCGGAAGAGUUGAAGAAGGCUACAAACAGCUAUGCCAAUGAUAGAAUUCUUGGUCGUGGUGGAAAUGGAAUUGUCUAUAAAGGUAUUUUACCUGAUAAUCGCAUAGUUGCGAUUAAAAAAUCUAAGUUUGUGGACGAGGAUCAAGUUGAACAGUUCAUUAAUGAGGUACUUAUUCUUACUCAAGUCAAUCACAGAAAUGUUGUGAGACUCUUUGGAUGUUGUUUGGAAGCUGAAGUUCCUUUACUGGUCUAUGAAUACGUUUCUCAUGGGACUCUUUAUGAGCAUAUCCAUAACCAAAAUGGAGCGCCUUGGUUAUCUUGGCAAAAUCGGCUAAGAGUUGCUACUGAGACAGCAAGUGCACUUGCUUACCUUCAUUCAUCCGCGUUAAUGCCCAUAAUUCACAGAGAUGUCAAGUCUGCUAAUUUAUUAUUGGAUGAUGUUUACACUGCAAAAGUGGCAGAUUUUGGAGCUUCAAGAUUAAUUCCACUUGAUCAAACACAUCUUGCUACAUUGGUUCAAGGGACAUUAGGUUAUUUGGAUCCUGAAUAUUUCCGCACAAGUCAAUUGACUGAGAAAAGUGAUGUUUAUAGUUUUGGAGUAGUUCUUGCGGAACUUUUGACAGGAAUAAAACCUAUUUCUAGGGACAAAAAUAACGAGGACAAAAACUUGGCAGAGUAUUUUGUUUUGUCCAUGAGAAAGAAUCAAUUGUUUCAAAUUCUUGAUCGCAGAGUGGUAAGAGAAGGAAGCCUCGAGCAACUCCAAAAGGUGGCUGAGCUAGUGAAGAGUUGUCUUAGUUUGCAUGGUGAAGAUAGGCCAACUAUGAAGGAAGUGGCAAUGGAACUCGAAAGUUUAAGAAAGUUCACCAAAAAUAACCCUUGGCCAAGCGGACAUGGACACCAUGAAGAGAAUGAAGAUGAAUCAUCAGAUCUUUAUACAAUUCAAUUUGACUCUAAUACAGGAGUCAACAACUUAUCCGGACAAUAUAAUUCCAACUCCACCACAAAUAAUACUAGCAAUUUUUCUGGACAAUAUAGUGUGGAUAGUUCUUCAUUUAUAUUUAAUAGAAAUAUCCCACGGUGAUCCAAACCAGAAGGUUAAAUAUGAUGAUUGAUGAAGAUUUUCUGCAGUUGUAUGUUCUUUUCUUCGCGUCUUUCUUUAAUGUUGAAUUUUCUGAUGUAAUUUGUUUGCUUUUUGAUUUGUAUUUUUCUCUUGAGAGUCAAAGUCCGACUAAACUUAUUAUUCAAAUGUGUGGUAUGUUUUUCAUUUUUAUAUGAGAAAAAUUUGUUGUUUAUGGUA